AUGAAGAAAAGGGCAUAUCGUCAUCACUGUAAUUUGUGCAAUGUUAGUUUUGAGACGUGGGAAAGAUAUUCCGUUCAUGUUUCGUCGACAGGACAUCUCGUCAAAGAGCUGCCCUCCGCGGCCAUGCCGUCAAAUAUUCAGCUUGUGCCCGAUGAACAAGUUCUGGGUGACCUGGUCUUGGAUGAUGACGAGGAAGUAUUUAGACUGGAAAAAACCUCUGCUACCGAGCUGCAACAAGACUGGGAAUAUACGGGCAUAGACAUGGAAUAUACGGGUAUAGAUUCGGACGACGAAGACCUGUCGGACAUUGACAACAUAAGUGAACAUUUGCGUGAGACCUCCGGCGACAAUUCCAGUCAUUUUCCAUUCCCAUCCGAGAUCUUUUUCCUGCUUUACAGUUACGCGCAUAAUAUUUCAAGACCGAAGGUAACAUAGAUUUUCUUAAGUCUAAAAUGUUCAUUUUUUCAAAAUUUGAGCGAACAACAUUGUUCAAUGCUGUUGCGAACAGUAUUGUUCAAUGCUGUUAACAAUCGAGAUCAGGUUGUUCUUUAUCAAUGCUCAAAUGUCCAUUCUUGUGCAAAUAGCUCACGUUAAAAUUUGUUCACGUCUAAAAAGAUUACUUGGGCGCAUACAUGCACCGAAUUCUUUUUCAUAUUAUAAUAAUAAUUCAAAGAAAAAUAUCAAUACUGGUAUAUAUAGAAUACAGCAGAUGUCAUAUGAGAAAGAAUUUCGGUGCAUGUGUGCGCCCAAGUAUAAAUCUUUACAAUCCCAUAACAUGUUAAAGAACAUUUAACAAAUUAUGCAAAUUGCAAUAUCUGUACUUUUUAGACUUGAACAAAUUUUGUUGUCACAUUCGCAAUACACUAAAUGUGCCAUUGAAAUGCAAAACAUUGUUCAAAAGUGUGCUAUUUGGACGCCAAGUGUGGAUGCAAAUUCAUAAUCAUGCGAGCUUGCUCAUUGUUGCGUAAUUAUUGGAUAAAUCCUGUGAUUCUAUCCAAAAAAAUUGUUUACACCUAAAAAUGUAGCAAAAUUUCAUUUGAACGGGCUUUAAUUUUAUACAUUUUCCCCCAGAAAAGUCGCAAUUUCAUGAAUGGUAAAUGAUGCGGGUUUUCCCCAUAUGUCAACGAACACACAUGUCCAGGGUUUUGUCGAUGGAAUUUCGACAGAAAAUUUGUAAUGAAAUUAUUUGCAUUUCCAUCAACAGAAAGAAAUUUCCAUCCAUAAAACCCUGUACAAUUUGUGUAAUAUGAAGUAAGAUGCCCAAAAUUUAAUAUAUAAUUUACCCUUAUCAGUGAAUCAUACAGUUAUAAAUAUGUAGACAAGUGAAAUUUUUUUUUAAUUAUUAAAUAGUACUUACUUUGUAUUAUACAAAUUAUAAAUUUGUAUUUGCUAGACUAUUGAAGCGACCAGUCAUUUUUUAUGGAAGGUGGGAGAGGGCAAAAAAAAGGGGGGGGGGCAUAUGUAUAAAUAAAUUACUAGAAGAUGAGGGGGGGGCUAUUUAAAUUUUUGCAAAAAAUGAGGGGGCUUGCAAUUAAAUAAGCCUGGUAUCCAUUUGGUUGUAAAUGUUGUGAUCGAGAUCAUGGUCACUGAUGUGAAAUAGUCCAGAUUUAUCUUGUCUUUUGUGUGCUGUAUAUGCAAAUCAGUCUUCACCAAUUACAGAGAUAAAUACUGAUAGCAGAUAUCUCUAUUUGACAAGUAAAAGAAAAAAUGGGGGGGGGGAGGGUCAAAGAAAAAUAUUCUAGUAUACAGGGGGGGCAUCAUUAAAUUUCUGUUCUUCCAGGGGGGGUCAAUUUUAAAAAUUUAGAAAGAAAAAAUUCCCCUACCACCUCCAUAAAUAAUGACCAGUCCCUAAGGCCAUAUAAAAUAAAUUCCUUGAUUCUCAUCGCUAAAUUUUAAAAACUCCCAGGAGGCGGCAGGUUUAUAUUUUAUAUUUUAUGUCAAAAUAUAAAACAAAAGUUUAAAAUUUAAAAAAUUGGAGAGGGAGGUCUUUUUAUAUUUGCCCUUAAAUAUAUUAUAGAAGAACGCUAUAUAAGUGGAUAAUUGCACAUGCGCUAAUGAACAUGCAUAAGGGUCCACACAAAUCGUUGUAAUAAGGCUAUAAGCCCAUUUUUUCCUUCAGUAUUCCGAACAUCCCUUAACAUGUUGCAAUAUUAACAACAAAACAAUUUUAUAUCGCAAAAAUUCCAAUAUAAAAUAUAAAAAUAACUAAAUCUCUGAAGAUGCUCGGUCGGGCGGUAAAUUUAUAUUUUAUAACAAAAUACAAAAAUAUAUCAACGCGGAAACCAAAAUAUCGUCGGGCGGUGAUGAGAAUCAAGGAAUUUAUUUUAUAUGGCCUAAGAUGCAGAUUUUUUAGUCCCGUGUAGAUUUGGAUUUUCUCUUGCUGAUUUUUCACAAACUCAGAGUAGAUGUACCUUCACUGCACUCAAUUUUGAAUUUUAAAAUAAAUGAAGUUGAAGAGAUGCUACAACCUCAAAAGGUAUUAUUCUCAAACAAGUCAAUAAAAGGGAAAUGUAGCUACAAUUCUCAUAAAAAGUUAUACAUAUGAAGUUUUAUGAUGGAAUUCAUUGCUGCUUUAGGACUAUUUCGAAGGUAAUCCAUACUACUGGCUGCGACCAUCUGAUAUUGUCAGGCUUCAGCUGGCAACACCCAUCAAAGCAAGAGCACUGAUGAGAUAUCCAGAGGAGACUGACUCAAGUAUCAGUGAGAUGUACCAGGUUAUGAUAUAACUGUACAGUAUGAAACAAAUUAACUGACUCCAGCAAGGGGUAACUGCAGUAAAAUUAACUGGAAUUAACCAGAAUUACGUCAUAUUUUAUAUAUGAGUUAACAUAAUAUUUUCAAAUGUUUUCGAAACAGGGGAAAAAGUGGUUAGAAAAUGAUCAAUUCAAAAGUCCAUCUGUUUGCAAGGAAGAAACAACAUAUCAUUUAAAUGAAAUUGUUAAUUUCUCUUCGAAUGGACAUGUAUAUUCAGGAAAACUUUCCAAAUUUUAUGUUAAGGUAAAAGACCAAUUAAUACUCUAGCAUUAACCCUUUAAGUGGCAAUGCCCCCCGAUGCACCCUACAUUAUUUAUAUUACUUUACUAGAUGUCUAACGCCAGACGAUUUUAUUCGUCAGGGGGAGAUUGCUGCAACUCAUUGGAUUAAAGAAACAAUACAAUACUGACAUGAUACUCUAUUUCUCUCACUUUUUGUAGGUUCGUCAAGACCAAACAGAAGAACUUAUGGCAAAGAUCCAAUACCUAUAUGAUAAAGGAAACGACCAUUAUUGUAUUUGCCCAACAGAGACAAUUGCUGUGUCAGUGUCACAAAUAAUAGAUAAGAUCAACAUCACUCCACAUCAGAUACAACACAAAUAUGAAAAUGGACAAGUUUUUGAAGUCUCUGAGCAGGUUUGAUUUUAUGUGAAUUGGCUUAAGAGUUAAGGAUGGUAUGUUUACACACAACGAUUAGAAAAAUAUACUGUCAGCGUCAUCUGACAUUGUCAACUGACAACAUUCGUUAUUAACAUUCGUCAAAACUUGAAAUUGGUCCGAUUAAUCAUAAUAUGUGUAAACUAAGCUUAUACAGUUAUUUCAUUUUGAUACAUGUGACUUUCAUUCAUAGGAAACCAGUGAAUUUUUGAAGCCUCAUGAGAUGAAGACAAUAGGUGAAGGUAAACCAAGCAUUACAGUGCCUUUACUUGUGUUCAUUGAUGAAACUAGUGGAAAUACAACAAAAAAUGGAAUUGUCUGGAAAACUUUUCCAUGAGCUUUGCAGGCCUUCCACGAAGAGAAAUCAGGAAAAUAGAGAACAUCCAUUUUCUGUCCACAUCAAAUGUUGUCCCAUCUGUUCCACUUGGAAAAUCUAUCGCCAGUGACCUACAAGGUACAUAAUGCAGUAGCCUUAUAGAAUUGCACUAUUCAUGUCCAGUUGACUUUACACAUUUCAAUAUAUUCUAACUUUCUUCUAGACUCAUGGGGACCUUAUUGGCAUUAUUUGAAAUAUAGUGUUUCCAGCUUUCAAAAAUGUGUUUACGAAAUUAAUAUGAAUGUAAUAAAGAGUAAAUUGAAUUGAGUGGAGUGCGAUUUUAGUCUGAAAACUUGUGAUUUCAGACCUAAUAAUACACACGAAGAAAUUUCUCAAUAGACCUUUUUAAAAAGUCUGCCUUAUGACGUAGUUCGCGGAUAAAUACGAUCAUUUGGCCAAUCAGGCAAGCCAAAUGGCUGUGCGGGGUUUCCAUUAUCUGCAAACUAUGUCACAAGGCUGACUUUUAAUUAAAAAGGUCUAUUCUGAUUGGCUAAGAGCAGUGUAAUUUUUUAGUAAUACAGAGCCAAAAAAUUAAAUCCUCUAUUUCAUGUGAUAAAAGUACAUACAAUAUUCAUAGGAAUUAUAGUAUGUGCUUGAUCAGAGAAUUAAAGGGGAUUGUGUGUUAUCAAUUCAUAAAAUACUGCAGUAACAUUACCUCAUGAAUUAUUGAAUUAUAAAUUACUACCUUUCAGAAAUUGAAACUGGCAAGAUAAUGUACGAUGCCAGCAUUGAUAAGAAUGUUCUUGUGAGGUGCCCUGUCUUGAGUGUCUUGGCAGACAAUCCACGAGCUUCAGAAUUCGAGCAUCACUUGGGUAGCUGUGCAAAAAAAUUUUGCCGAAAAUGUAAUGUGAGUGGAUGUGUACAGUAUAAAACAUUAUUUUCAUAAAUUAGAUUUUUAAUAUUUAACCCAUUGAGUCGCAUUGCACCCUGAUGCACCCUACUUUCAUAUUUUACUCUGUCUAACGCCAGACGAUUUUACUUGUCAAGGGGAGAGCGCUGGCACUUAAUGGGUUAAAUAAAGUACAGCACAGCAUUUUUCACACAGGCAACAAGUGACAGUGGAACUGAAAUUGGAACAAUACGAACAGAUGAGUUUGUCCAGGAAACGAUUCGCAAGAUUGAAGAAUGCAAGUAUGUAAAACUUUUAUGGAAUAAUAUUCAGUAAAUUAUAUAUCAUUUAUAGACCCUCCACUCGGGGAAUUUGUCAAAAUACUAUCCUAUUCCUCAGUGAUGAAAUAUCGUCACUUUGGGUAAUAUUUCAUCGAAUCCUCCUCACUCCACAUCUAUAAAUGAUAAACAUCAAGUCUUUCGAAGACAUGGAUCAAGUGAAUUACAGUAGCAGAUCACUUCUUAUAAUAAAGUCUGAAUUGCAUAGUUAAUUAAACAACCCAAAAUCUUUGAAUAUAUUACAACAGUACUGAAAACCAAAAGAAACAACUGCGAAGAGAAUAUGGUGUGACAGAGAAAGGUGGUGCAUUUGAUGCCCUGACAUGUUUCCGUGGACAACAGUUAGUAUCAAAUUACAGUUAUUCAAUAUAUCAAGGGGAAUCAAUACCAUAAAGUUUGAGAGAAAUAAUCUCUAAUUUUGCUAUUUUUUAUAUUAUACAGUAAAACACCCAUUGAAAUCCUACAUACCAUACUUCUUGGACCUGUCAAAUACUUGUUGUCUGCAACAAUACAGUCCCUGUCACAACAAAAGAAGGAUCAGCUACAUGCAAAGAUCUUAUCAACUGAUAUGAGUGCAUUCCCAGCAAAUAUUCGAGGAAAUAUUACCAGAAACUAUGGCUCAUAUAUUGGCAGAGAUUUCAAACUGUGGACACAGCUAGUAGUUUUUAUACUUCAGGGCAUUGUGUCCGAGGAAAUUCUUCUUGUCUGGGAGUUGCUUAGUGAGGUACCAUACUGUAUUAUACCAUGCCAUGCAAUAAUCUAAUAUGCAUAUUUUUUAACAAACAUUUAAAAUCUCACCAUGAUAAAAAGUUCAUUAUCAGAUUGCAAGUCUUCAAUCCAGUGAUACCAAUCCAUUAAAGACAAUUUAUAACCUUCAACUUUAUUAGAUAUUCUGUCUUGGGUAUGGAUCUACAUUUGACCAAAGAAAUGAACAGCCUGCAAAACAGUUGGUCACUGCCUUUGUCAAUGCAAUUGGAAGAUCUUUCCCUGAAUUUGCGAGGAAGCCCAAGAUCCAUUUACUGUUGCAUCUGGUUGAUGACAUAAUAAAUCUUGGACCAGCCAAUGGAUUCUGCACAGAAAGGUAA